AUAAAAUUAUUAAAAACAGAAGUUCUAUAACAUAAUAAAAUAAAUAAUAGUAAAUAAUAUCUAUUUAAGUAAUAACACAAAUAGCAGAUUUGAAGGGAUUCUUGCCUCUGCAUUACCUAUCUCCUCUCUCCUUUCGUUCUCCUUUUAUCUGUGAACAAAGAAGAAAAGAGAGUCUUCUUUCAACUUCUGGGUAGUUGAAUCUACAAACAGUUCUAGCUGGAAAAAUUAAUUGAAGAAAGAGAAAGAGAGAGAUACACAAUCUUUAAGAGGCUGUAACGAAUUACCCACAAUCCAGGAAACCCUGAUAAAUAUUUCCCGGGAAAGUUUCGGUGUAUCAUGAGAAUCUUGUCUCCAUACCUUCUAAUAAAGUUGAUCUCUUAAAUUUUUCCCUGUAGAAAUCUGUCGAAUUUUCGUUUUUUGUUCCAUUAAUAGAUCAACAACCAAUCUUUACAACCAACAACAACAAAAAAAAGCUCAAACCUUUUACAAAAAAAAAAUUCAAAAAAAAAAAAAACAGAGCAUCAAUGGAGGAAGUAUCACCAACCGUCGCUAUGCCUUUCAUGCCGUUCCCUGAAACUCAGCAGAUGGAGUUAGCAGGGAUCAUGCUGGGUAAAGGCUACUGCAACGGCCAAUACUCAGAGAACGGCUCGUGCUCUGUUUCUCAGUCUAGGAAAGUUUUGACCUCUCGGAUCAACUCACCUAACUUAAACAUGAAGAAGGAGUCAUCAUCAUCGGAGAUAGUCGCCGGAGAAGAGAUCAACGGCUCAGAUGAGAGACCGACGGUUGAGAAGAAGAAGAUGAUAAGCAGAACAGAGAGCAGGAGUCUGUUCGAGUUCAAGAGCGUGCCUUUGUACGGUUCGACUUCGAUCUGCGGGAGAAGACCGGAGAUGGAAGAUGCUGUCUCCACGAUACCGAGGUUCCUUCAAUCUCCGACCAACUCGAUGCUAGAUGGUCGGUUCAAUCCUCAGACGACCGCUCAUUUCUUCGGUGUCUACGACGGCCACGGCGGUUCUCAGGUAGCGAACUAUUGUAGAGAGAGGAUGCAUUUGGCUUUAGCGGAGGAGAUUGCUAAGGAAAAGCCGAUGCUCUGCGAUGGCGACACGUGGCAGGAGAAGUGGAAGAAGGCUUUGUUCAACUCGUUUCUCCGCGUUGACUCGGAGGUUGAGACGGUCGCGCCGGAGACCGUUGGGUCAACGUCGGUCGUCGCGGUUGUCUUCCCGAGUCAUAUCUUUGUCGCGAACUGCGGUGACUCUAGAGCUGUUCUUUGUCGUGGCAAAACUGCGCUUCCGUUGUCCACUGACCAUAAGCCGGAUAGAGAAGAUGAAGCGGCGAGGAUUGAAGCCGCCGGAGGGAAAGUGAUCCGGUGGAACGGAGCUCGUGUGUUCGGUGUUCUCGCCAUGUCAAGAUCCAUUGGGGAUAGGUACUUGAAACCAUCGAUCAUUCCUGAUCCGGAAGUGACGGCUGUUAGGAGAGUUAAAGAAGAUGACUGUCUGAUUCUAGCGAGUGACGGUGUUUGGGAUGUAAUGACGGAUGAGGAAGCGUGUGAGAUGGCGCGUAAGCGUAUUCUCUUGUGGCACAAGAAGAACGCUGUGGCUGGAGAUGCGUCGUUGCACACGGAUGAGAGGAGAGGGGAAGGGAAAGAUCCGGCGGCGAUGUCCGCGGCUGAGUACUUGUCAAAGCUAGCUUUACAGAGAGGAAGCAAAGACAACAUAACUGUGGUGGUUGUUGAUUUGAAGCCUCAGAGGAAAUUCAAGAGCAAACCCUUGAACUGAACCAGAGGGUCCUUUUUCUUAUUUUUAUCAAUGAAUAUGGGUCUCUCAAAGAAAAUAAUUAUAAUUUGUGCUAAAAUUAUUUUUAACUAACAAGGUAUGAUCAAAUCAUAUGACAUGUUGUAGCUUAUGUUAUGUGUUAAGCUCUUUGUCUUAAACGCUUAAACGCCCUUUGUAUUUUUCCUCCCGGGCUAAUUUGUAAUAUGGUUACAAAAUUUACAAUCUAUCUUAUGAACAUUACAACUUUUUCUA